CCGCCCCGCCCCGCCGGCGGCUUGAUUAAUGGCUCUCCCACGGCUGAGAAGGUGGCUCUGCCCCGACACAGCCCCUCCCGGACAGCCCCUCCGGUGGGCGCGGACCGCGGCGGGUCGCGCCGUCGUGGGCUGACACCAGCUGGGCCAGCACGCACGCCUGGCCUCGGGACGCCCGCAGAGAGGCGCUCCCGCCCGGGGCUGUCAGUGGCCGUCGACUCCGGCCGGGCGAGGAUGGAGUGACGAGCGCGGCCCUGUCCACGCUGACCCGGCUCGACGCUCUGCGCCCGCUCGCGCAGCGGAGCAAAGCCCCGCACGGCCGCUCCAGGAAAGGGCGCGCGACGCGGAACGUCGCCAUGGACCGCGGCGGCCCCGCAGGCAGCCCCCUGAUCUCCAGCAACGAGCCCGCGCUCCCUGCCGCCUCCACUCGAGACUCCAUCCCCGGGCUGACCGGGCCAGGGUCGGCGGGCGGCGGUGGGCGCUCGGGAGGUGGGCGGCCGGCGGCGGCGAACGCCGCGCGGGAGCGCAGCCGGGUGCAGACUCUGCGGCACGCCUUCCUGGAGCUGCAGCGCACGCUGCCGUCCGUGCCGCCGGACACCAAGCUGUCCAAGCUGGACGUGCUGCUGCUGGCCACCACCUACAUCGCUCACCUCACCCGCAGCCUGCAGGACGACGCCGAGGCGCCGGCGGACCCCGGGCUGGGCGCCCUGCGUGGCGACGGCUACCUGCACCCUGUCAAGAAAUGGCCCAUGCGAUCAAGAUUAUACAUCGGUGCUACUGGUCAGUUUCUGAAGCAUUCUGUCUCUGGAGAAAAAGCAAAUCAUGGCAAUAUGCCAGCAGACUCACAGCCUUAGGCUGUCCCCUGAUGGGUGCUGAAAGAGAGUGGUGUCUAUUGUUUUAAAUAGUAUGAAAUAAUUCUGUAUUUAUUACAUCAGACAUAACAAACAUCAUUUCUGAAAGUUUACAUAUGAAUCCAUAGUUGAGUUUUCAGAUUUAUCUGUCUAAUCUAAAUAAAUGAGAAAUGAAAUGGUCUUGUAUAAAACACAGCUUAUCUAUUCAGUCUGAGACGUAGUCACUACUAUAUAAUGCAGGAGAAACUACUGGAAAAAAGGAAAGACACACAAAAGCAAAAAACUGUAUAUAUAUCCAUAGAAUGCAUACACUCUGUAGUGUAUUUAUUACAAGUUGAAAAGCUGGUAUCUAUUGAUAGUCUUUCUAGUUUACAAAAAUAAAAGCUGUAUUUGUAAUAUACCAGUAUUUCAUUUUUGUGGAAACCAGUCCAUGCUUAAAGUUGAUCUAAGAAGCUAUUUCAGUUGGAAGGUGUGACAUCAUUUAUUCAGUUUCAGCUGAGAAAAGACUGCUGAGGUAAGAUGAUGAUGCAGUAACUUCUAUAUCUAGCUAUUGUUCCCUCUUAGAAAACUUGUUAGGAAUAUUAAAAAUUGUUUGCUUCAAACAAAUAGAAAAAAAAUAAUUGUUUGCUUCAUAGGACAGGGCUUGCCCACCAUCCUAGAGGAUUACUAAAUAUCUAAUUACUAGAGGCCUGUAGGCCUUCCUUGCCCCGGCUGCCGGCACUGGCACCGGCUUCCCUCUCGCAUCUGGGACCUGGGCUUCCCUCGCCCCCAGCUUCAUCCGGAUCGUCCGGUCUAAUUAGCAUGUUACCCUUUUAUUAUUAUAGAUAUUUCCAAAUUGUAGAAGGUUUGGAAAUCCCUGCAGCGCAGAUGGGUGUCACUGGGCAGCAGGGCUCACUCCCCUCCUCCCUGGUCACUCCAUAUCCACCCUCCUCUCUUUCAGGUCCUGGACUAGCUGAGAAGGUGUGGUUGCAGCCACCCUAGAGAUUGAGCCCCCAUGACCCCCAGUCACAGCUUUGGCCAGGCUCCUUCUCCCCUUGUCAACUUCGGUUCACAGUCUACCUAUUUGGCCAUUAUGACAUGGGAGACAUCCUGUCUGAUUUGGGAAUUCUGGCACUGACCUGUGCCUCGCGGGGGUCUGAGGACCACCCUGAGAUACAUCAGGCCAGAGCAGGCCCUCCUGAACCCGCCCCAGGAGAACCUACAGCCUGGGAAGGCCCUCUGCUCUGGGCCUCUCCUACCACACUGCACAUCAGGUGCCAUGAAGUAGAGAUAAUGGUCAGGGAACACACUGAAUCUUUAAACACCUGAAAAAAAAUCUCCAAUCUCUUUUGUCAUGUUUCUGCUGACUUAUUUCCUUUUAUUUCCCUUGUUUUUUACUCAGUCUUCUAUUAUUCCACUUUCCAAAUGUAAAGUUCAUGUAUUUUUCCGUGACCCUGUUUUAAAGUUGCUGAAUUUGAUCCAAGAUUAGCAAACAGAAAGGCAUAUUAAGGGGCUUAGUUGAAUUAAUAUUGCAGUUGAAUCACCACCUUAUUUUCUCCUCAGUUUUCUUUAAGGUUUUGGCAGUGAAAUGAAAGACUAUUUAAGG